UAUUUGUAAAUAUUUGCAAAUAUUGCACCAUAUAACAUUAGCUCUGUUGAUUUGAAUCUUGACCGUUAAAAAAAGAUGCGGCUCUUGCUUCCAUAUUCCUCGCCGUUAUCCGCCACGUCAUCACCGGCGACGCCGCAAUUUCUCCCGGAAUUUCCACCUCCGUCUCAAUUUGACUACUCGGGUCUAACUAAAAUUCUCAAAAAAUCGGUAAUCGGAACCCUAACCGGAGCUCUAUCACUCACUCUCGUUUUCUCGUCGCCGAUUUCUUCCGUUGCUGCUACUAAUGAUCCUUAUCUCUCUCUCAAUCCUCCUUCUUCAUCGUUUGAAUCUUCACUGAAUCACUUUGAUUCGUCUCCGGAGGAUUGUCCUAAUGAGGAAGAAGCUGAUACUGAGAUUCAAGAUGAUGACUUUAAGCCUCAGUUAGUAACCAAUGAAGGGAUUGUUGAAGAAGCUUGGGAGAUUGUUAACGGUGCCUUUCUCGAUACUCAUAGCUAUAGUUGGACUCCUGAAACGUGGCAGAAACAGAAGGAUGAGAUAUUAGCUAGUCCUAUUAAGAGUAGAUCAAAGGCUCAUGAAGUGAUUAAGAAAAUGUUGGCAAGUUUGGGUGAUCAGUACACUCGAUUUCUAUCACCAGAUGAGUUUUCUAGGAUGUCGAAGUAUGACAUUACUGGUAUAGGAAUAAACCUUAGAGAAGUUUCUGAUGGUGGUGGAAAUGCAAAGUUGAAGGUUCUUGGUCUUGUAUUGGACAGUCCUGCUGAUAUUGCUGGUGUGAAACAGGGAGAUGAAAUUCUUGCUGUCAAUGGAAUGGAUGUUAGUGGGAAAUCAUCAUUUGAAGUAUCAUCUUUGUUACAAGGCCCUAGUAAAACUUUUGUGGUUCUCAAGGUGAAGCAUGGGAAGUGUGGAACUGUUAAGUCUCUUAAAAUCCAGAGACAAGUUAAUGCACUGACCCCAGUCUCUUAUCGGUUGGAAAAAGUUGACAAUGGAACAGUCUCUGUCGGGUAUAUUCGCCUGAAAGAGUUCAAUGCUCUGGCUAGAAAAGAUUUGGUGAUUGCAAUGAAACGACUCCAAGACAAGGGUGCGUCUUAUUUUGUAAUGGAUCUUAGAGAUAACCUUGGUGGACUUGUGCAGGCUGGAAUAGAAACUGCUAAGCUGUUCCUAGAUGAAGGGGAUACGGUGAUAUAUACAGCUGGGAGAGACCCCGAGGCUCAAAAAACUGUUGUUUCAGAUAAGAAACCGUUGAUCACUGCCCCACUUAUUGUAAUGGUAAAUAACAGAACAGCAAGUGCUAGUGAAAUUGUGGCCUCUGCACUUCAUGAUAACUGUAAAGCAGUUCUUGUUGGCGAAAGAACUUACGGAAAGGGUUUGAUUCAAUCGGUGUACGAACUCCGAGAUGGUUCAGGAGUUGUUGUGACAAUAGGAAAGUACGUCACACCUAACCAUAUGGACAUCAAUGGUGGUGGAAUUGAACCUGACUUCAGAAAUUUACCAGCUUGGGAUGAAGUUAAAGAACGUUUAUCUAAGUGCAAUAUUCUCCAACGAAGUUGACAUGCAAUGAAACUCAUCAAGCUGU